AUGCCGCCUAAAGAUGAACCCGAUUCUCGGGAGAAUCGUCGACCUUCUCAGCGAAGCACAGUUCUUGCAAUACCUGCAUUAGCUGUUGCUGAGCCGAAAGAUGAAAAUCCUCAAAUGACAUUUAAUUAUGUCGAUGAGGAUGAUCAAGAUAAUAUUAUGUAUACACCAUCAACAUUCGAAAAAGCACUUAAUUAUCUGCUAUGUAGAGGUGAUCUUGCCAAUCAACAACUCGAAACAAAACCUGUCACUAUUUUUGGAUUGUUUCGAUAUGCCAAAAAAUUCGAUUAUUUUUUAUUGUUUAUUGGAGUUAUUUGUGCAAUUAUUUCUGGUGUUUCUCAACCAAUUUUAGCUUUAGUAUCGUGAGUUUUUUUUAAUAAUCAAUGUUUCUAAAACUUAUUCUCUUUUCUUUCAGUGGUCGAGUUACAAACGCACUUCUCGUGUAUUCUCCAAGAAGUAAAGAAUUCAGAAACAAAGCCAAUGAAAAUGUUUACAUUUUCUUGGGUAUUGGUGUUUUUGUAGCAAUCACAAAUUGGAUUCAAUAUAUGUGUUUCCAACAUUGUUGUACUAGAGUUAUGGCUCAAAUGAGACAUCGAUAUGUAUAUUCAAUUUUGAGACAAAAUGCUGGAUGGUUUGAUAAAACACAUUCAGGAACAAUUACGACCAAACUGAACGAGUGAGUUUUUACACCCUUCCGCAACGACAACGACGAAAUAUUUAAGAGACGGUUAGAGAAAAAACAUUUGUCAAUAGGGCAAACAUUCAUUGUUUAAUAUCUAAAAUAGUUACCUCAAACUCGCUUGCCAGCGCUUAAUCACGUCUCGGGGAAAAUGUAGCAAGUUGCUUUAAUUUUUUUAAAGAAUUUUGAAAAACUCACUUUUCCUCCAGUUUUCCUCGUUUUUGAAAACCAUUCAUAUAAAAUUCGCCUCAUCAAUUGUUUCGAUAUUUCCAUCAUUUUGCUGACGUUUUUUUUUCUGUAAAAUAGAAUUGAGUGAAAUCUAAAUAAGUACUCCAAACUAAAGAAAAAUUCAAGAAUGUACAUUUUUCGUAAAACUACUUGUUAAGGACCAGUACUAGUAUGAAACUAUCGAAAAUCAACUAAACUUGUGUUACUUGUACUAGAAAAAUUGAUAAAUAUGAAUUUUACAACAAGCUUCAUUCAAAUUCAUGAAAAAACAACAAAAAAUACGUGAAUGAAAAAUUUCCGAAAAACAAACACAAGAAAAUAAAAGUAAAAAUGGAAGUGCGCCCUAUUGAAAAAAAUAGCAUGUCUCGCACUAGUGCGCUCUCUCAAAAAUGUGUGUGUGUGUGUUUCGUCGUUGAUGUAUUAUUAUGAGACUAAAAGGGUGUGUUUUAUAAUUUGCAAUUUUGUGGAAAACACAAUUUUAAAUUUAUUCAAUUAUAGCAAUAUGGAAAGAAUUCGUGAAGGUAUUGGAGAUAAAUUCGGAGUUCUUCUCAGAGGAUUUGCUAUGCUUAUUGCUGCAAUUGUUGUUUCAUUUAUUUAUGAAUGGAGAUUAGCCUUAAUGAUGCUUGGUGUCUGUCCAAUUUGCUGUUUAUGUAUGUCACUUCUUGCCAGAGUGAGUUUUUUGCACAUUCAGUUUGAUGAGUAUUUGAAACAAUGAGAAUAUUUUCAGCAAAUGACAACGACAACCAUUAGAGAGUUAGGAAAUGUUGGUAAAGCUGGAGGUAUUGCUGAAGAAUCAUUGAUGGGAGUUCGAACUGUUCAAGCAUUUAAUGGUCAAGAAGAAAUGGUUGGAAAAUAUUCUGCUGAAUUAGAUAAGGGUAGAAAAAUUGCGGUUUGGAAAGGAUUUUGGAGUGGAUUAUUUGGAGGAUUGUUCUUUUUCUGGUUAUUCGCAUUCAUGGGUACUGGAUUGUUAUAUGGUGCAUAUUUACUAAAGGUUGGAAUCAUCAAAACACCAGGAGACGUUUUCAUUGUUGUUAUGGCUAUGUUACUUGGAUCUUAUUUCCUUGGAUUGAUCUCUCCACAUUUAAUGGUUUUGUUGAAUGCAAGAGUAUCAGCUGCAUCGAUCUAUCAAACAAUUGAUCGUGUUCCACACAUUGAUCCAUAUUCGAAAAAAGGAAAAACGCCACAAAAUGUGACUGGAAGAGUUGAAUUCAGAAACGUUCAUUUCCGCUAUCCAACCAGAAGAGAUGUGAAAAUUUUGAAUGGAUUGAAUUUGACAGUUGAACCAGGAACAUCGGUUGCUCUAGUCGGGCAGUCUGGAUGUGGUAAAUCAACCUCUGUUGGAUUAUUAACUAGAUUAUAUGAACCAGAAGGUGGAAAUGUUUCAAUUGAUGGAGUUGAUGUUAGAGAUUUGAAUAUUGAAUGGCUUCGAAACAAUGUUGGAAUUGUACAGCAAGAACCAGUUUUGUUCAACGAUACAAUUCAUAAUAAUUUGUUAAUUGGAAAUCCAGAUGCUACACGAGAACAAAUGAUUGAAGUGUGUAAAAUGGCAAAUGCUCAUGAUUUUAUUAUAAAAACACCAAAAGGAUAUGAUACUUUGAUUGGUGAUGGAGGUGUUCAAUUAUCUGGUGGACAAAAACAAAGAGUUGCGAUUGCAAGAACUUUGAUUAGAAAUCCAAAAGUAUUACUACUUGAUGAAGCAACUUCAGCUUUAGAUGCUCAAUCAGAAAGUAUUGUUCAAUCUGCUUUGAAUAAUGCCGCAAAAGGAAGAACUACAAUUAUGAUUGCUCACAGAUUAUCAACUAUUCGGGAAGCUGAUAAAAUUGUAUUCUUCGAAAAGGGAGUUAUUGUUGAAUCUGGAAAUCACGAACAACUUGUUAAACUUGGUGGUCGAUACUUUGAUUUGGUGAAAGCGCAACAAUUCAAGGCUGAUCCAGAAGCAACUGAAGAAUUCGAGGAAGAAGAAAUUGAUUUGAGUGAAACAGCAAGUCAAUAUUCAAGAAAGUCAUCAAUUAGAAGUUCAGUCAGAUCUGGUUCUGAAGCUUUCAAACAUGGAAAUGCAUUGAAUGACUCAUUUGCGCUCUCAGUUCAAUCCACGAGAUCAGCAAGAACUGAUGCUGAAAAUCAAGCAUUUGCUGAUGAAGAAGCAAGAAUUAUGGCAAAAGAUGGACAAAUCACAGCGGGCUAUUUGGAUAUUUUCAAAAACGCAAAAGGAAAUUAUCUUUACAUAUUUUUCGGAGUUGUUACUGCUCUUAUUCGUGGAUUGGAAUUACCAGCUCUUGCUCUUCUGUUUGGUUGGGUUUUCGAAGGAUUCACUUAUGUUCCAUAUGGUGGAAGAAUGAUGCAUAGAAUGGCAAUGGCUGUUAUUGCUUUUUCUGCUGUUGGUGUUGGUGUUUUAAUUUCACAAAUUUUCAGUGUAAGUUUGAACCAUUAUUAUAUCACGUUAUUUUUUGAAUGUUUUGUUUUCAGUCUGUGUUUUUCGCUAUUGUCUCUGAGAAUUUGGCAAUGCGAUUCCGUGUUCAAUCAUUCAGAAGUUUGUUAUACCAAGAUGCUUCCUAUUUCGACAAUCCAGCUCAUGCUCCAGGAAAGUUAAUCACAAGAUUAGCAUCUGAUGCUCCAAAUAUCAAAGCUGUAAGUUAUCUUAAAAACAAUUUAUUGGGAAAUUAACAAAAACUACUUCAGGUUGUUGACGCCAGAAUGCUUCAAGUAAUUUAUGCACUUGCUGCAAUUAUUGCUUGUAUUGUUAUUGGUUUUGUUCGAUGUUGGCAAGUUGCAAUUUUGGGAACUGGUCUCAUUAUUUUGUUAGCAAUUACGAUGGUUGGAUUGGCAUAUAAAAUCACUCUUCUUAAUGUUGAACAUAUCAAGAAUGAUGAAGCUGGAAGAAUUGCAAUUGAAAUUAUUGAAAACGUAAAAACUAUUCAAUUAUUGACAAGACAAGAUAUGUUUUUCAAACAUUAUGAAGAAGCAUCAAAACAACAAAAAAGAAAUGAAGUCACAAAAGGAAUGAUUGAAGCUGUCAAUUAUAGUGUUUCACAAACUUUCAUGUAUUUUAUGAUGAUGUUCACCUAUGCUCUUGGUAUUGCAAUUAUUUAUGAAGGACACAAAAGUUCUGAAAAAGUUUUCCAGUAUGUCUACUUUUUUUCGCAGAUUCCAAUGUUUUUUAUUUUCAGAGGUAUUAUUCCAAUGAUGUUGGGUGCUGUUGCUGUUAUGAAUUCUGCUCAAUACUUCCCAGAAUUUGUUAAAGCCAAAACAGCGGCCGGAAUGUUGUUCAAUAUCAUCUACAGAAAACCAAGAACCGGAGAUGUUAUGGAAGGAUCAAAACCAGAAAUUCGUGGAAACAUACUUUUUGAAGAUGUGAAAUUCUCAUAUCCACAAAGACCACUUCAACCAAUUAUGAAAGGUUUACAAUUCACUGCUUUACGUGGUCAAACAGUUGCAUUGGUUGGUCCAUCUGGUUCAGGUAAAAGUACUUGUAUUGGAAUGUUGGAAAGAUUUUAUGAUGUUACUGGUGGAAUACUUCGAAUUGAUGGUGCUGAUAUUCGAAGUUUAUCCUUACAUCAUCUUCGAACACAAAUGGCACUUGUUGGACAAGAACCGAGAUUAUUUGCUGGUACUAUUAGAGAAAAUGUUUGUCUUGGUUUGGAAAAUGUGCCACUUGAAAAGAUCAAUCAAGCUUUGGAACUUGCAAAUGCUAAUAGAUUCUUAGCAAAUCUUCCAGAAGGAAUUGAUACAGAUGUUGGAGAAAAAGGUUCGAAAUUAUCUGGAGGACAAAAACAAAGAAUUGCUAUUGCUCGUGCUUUGGUUCGAGAUCCUAAAAUUCUUCUGCUCGAUGAAGCAACAUCUGCUCUUGAUUCAGAGUCAGAAAGGGUGAGAAACGAAAAAUCAAAAAACAAUAUUCUUCAUGAAAAUCAUUUUCAGGCUGUCCAAGAAGCUUUGGAUCGUGCUCGUGAAGGACGUACCUGUGUUACAAUUGCUCAUCGUUUGUCAUCAAUUCAAAAUUCCGAACUGAUUGUAUAUAUUGAGAAUGGUAGAGUGCAAGAAGCAGGAAAUCAUUCACAACUAAUGCAAAGAAAAGGAAAAUACUACAAUCUUAUCAAGAAACAAGAUCUUGCAAUGUAA